GUUUGAAGGCAGGGCUUCAGAACGCCCCAAGCCUCCUUGCGUCGCUCACCAACUUACGGGCGAGCCAUUCUGGCUCAAGUCUAAGUCAGGGAUCCAUAACCUGGGGAGGCAGAGGCGGGCGCCAGCUUCUCUCAGCGUUGGCUGAGGGGGCUGUUCCAUUGGAAGGCCAACUGCUUUGCCUCUUCCCGGAGUCCCGACCCCCGCCAUGCAAGCAUUGCUGGGAUGCGUGCUUUACGGAUUGGUCGCUGGGGCCAACAUCAGCCGAACUGCCUCGGUGACAAGCAGCCAGGCAUCUGCAAGCUCUUCGGCGCUUGGCGUCCUGGGCUUUGAGCGAGAGUCGCCUUUGAUGCGUCGCGCUCCUCCGGCACUCUCAAGCUCUCGUUUGUUCUGGGUGGCCGAGCUUCUUGCCAUCGUCGUUACGGUGGUGCUGGUGCUUCUAGCCACGCACUUGCAGGUGUCCCAGUGCCUGGCUACAAAGAAGAGGCAGCAGGAGAAGUCCCAGAAAGUUGCGUAUCCCUGGCCCAGCAUCCCCGCAGAGCUCUUGGAGGUGGGCCCCUCCUUCGCCACCAACUUCCAGAGCGGAUUGCGGCAAUGCUUGGCUGCCCGAGGGCUCUCGCCUUCACCGACCUUCAGCGGCGAAGUUGCACUGGUCUCCUUCCUCAUCCCCGCCGAGGCGGCUGGGAAGACGCAGCCGCGGGCCUUGCUGGAGCGGCACAACGCCGUACCGCCGGGGUGCCUUGGGGGCAAACGCGCCCUGGCGAGCCACCUCCAGCGACUGCGCCUGGAGGCGCUGGGGCCCCCAACCUUCCUCAGCCCGCAGAGUCUGCGAAAGUGCCUAGAGCCGAGGGUGCGCUUUGCUGGCCUUGUGGAAGGAGUUGUGUCAGAAGCAACGGCAGACGGCCUCUGGUUUCUGAAGCACUCCACGAUGGACCGCAACGAGGGCGUCAUAUGCUUCAAAGGUGCUACGAAUAUGCUGGCGCACUGGGACAAACUGCCGAAGAGCCAGCGAUCGAGAUACGUCGCCCAGGCAGAGGUCCCAAGACCCAUGCUAUUGGAGGGCCGGAAGAUGAUGGUUCGCGCCUACGUCGUUACGUUGCCACAAGGCCGAUGUUUUUUGAAUCGUGAGCUUCUUCUCAAAGGCCAUCCCCAGCCAUAUGACUCCCAAGAUCCGGAUCCCUUGCGCCACGUGAUUUCCUGUGUCAAGUAUGACGGCGUCAUAUCUGCCCGCGGCACCCUGUGGCCGCAUUAUGACAAGGUGUGGCCAAAGGUCUCCAAGAUGAUGACUGCCGUUUUGGGGCCCGCGGCCGUUGGGCACCGCAAGUAUCCCUUCUCUUUGCGAGACGAUAGCAUGAUGGACAUUCUCUGCAACCACAUUGCAGCUCAAUGUCAGGACCUGUGCUCCUGGUUGCGCUGGGGCUCGAAAGCUGGGGCGUUGCUGUACAAUCUCAUGGGAGU